CACAGAGAACGAUGGCAUGAGAUCCAUGUAACUUACGAUAACGAUAGAAAGAAACGGAAAUGAUUUAUGGGUAUUGGGUAUCAGAAGUACCAUGACGUGACUACUGAAUAGGUAGGUACCUAGGUAAGAGAAUCCUCUGCUUGCCAUUAGGCGCCGGCUCCCAAGGGGGUCUCCAGACACAUGCGACAUAGACGCCCACAGUCGAGACGCUUCCACCGCCAGUCGCUUCGCUCCCCGAAAAUUGUUCCUGGCGAGUCAAGGGAAUAACGUCGAUCCUAAGGGACCCUCCCGCCUCUUGAUGGCACUUACUUCCGGGCUGUGUAGUUGGGUGUUCAUGCUCUGUGGAGUUGGAGGCCCUGGCUCUGCGAGCCUGCAAGGGGUAAAGACGAACAACGAGAGCGACUAAUUCGCUCGACCUUUGCCGCUCCGCGAUUCAGGACAGGGAAUCAGGAGACCAUUGGUUUGGAUUAGUUAGUCAACUACUGUCAAGGGUCCGUCCGGUUAUUGACUCUGCUCUAUGCUGUGCUGUGCUGUGCUGUGCGGUGUCUUGGCUUAGAGGCAGCCGAAACGAAACGACUGAAACAUUCUGACCUGCCAGACCUGGUGGGUAAAGGAAAGUGGUUGUGAUCGUACAGAGUACUACAUAAGAGGUCCUCCCCAACCUCCAAAAUCCGCUUUCUUUCUUUUCAUCUGCAGCAACGCUCAGGAUUCUAUCUCUAGACGGUCCCUUUUUGACUUCUUUCUUCUUCACUUCUUCUUCUUCUUCUUCUUGACACUCCCUUGACGGGCUGGAUACAUUCCCUCACAAUCAAGAAACUUCCUCUUCACUUCUUCUACCCCAGUCCAUCCUGUUUGUAACGGACACUGGAAUCUUUUUCUGAACGACAGCUUUCAUCAACUCACCGACUGAACAACGUACAAGAACUCGGCCCUUGUGUCACCUGGAGCCUCCCGUCCGACGCCGUCGACCUGUUCGAGAAAACAAGAUCGUUUCACCCAUCUGUGCCCGCCACUGCUCGUCACUCCUGGUGUACAGUCACUGUUGUUUUCUCUCUUCAAUACAGUAACAAAUAUUCUUCACCUUGCUCGUGUUGGGAUCUUAUUGUUCCUCAUCACUUUCUUUCCUUUACCAACGUUGUUGUUCAAUUACCCACAAUCCUUUGAUUCACUGUUCGACCACCGAACAAUAACGACUGUAACAGAACCCGCACCCGUGGUUCGCCAUUCAUUAUCAGUUCACUUGAACAACGAACAGCCCGAAAAAUCUCAAAGGACAAGCCAGGCUCUGAUAUAAAACCGCUUCAAUCCUUUCAGAAAUCUUUCAUCCUGCAAGACUCAUCACAAGGAUUACUCAAAGCAAUCUCUGAGCAACACUCGACAACAACACAAUCGUGUCAACAGCAAUUUCUUUCCGAGAUACCCUCGCACACUACUUUCAUUUCUACCACACCUUUUUAACUGCGACAAAAUGCAUUUCCCGUCUGUCGCUGCGUGCCUCGGUCUGGCUGGUCUAGCCCAGGCACAUAUGGAGAUGAUUUACCCUCCCCCCUUCAAGUCAAAAUCCAACCCCAAUGCUGGUAGCGAUGUCGACUACAGCAUGACCGCCCCUCUCGACGCAAGCGGCGCCAAUUUCCCUUGCAAGGGCUACCACUCCCUCUUUGGUACUAAGGAGGGUGCCUCGGUCGCGGACUGGGCAGCCGGCGGUUCCUACAACAUGAGCAUCACCGGCGGUGCUAACCACGGUGGUGGUAGUUGCCAGGCGUCCCUCUCCUACGACAAAGGAAAGUCUUGGAAGGUCAUCCACUCAUACAUCGGCAACUGUCCUGGUGCUGGUACCACCACCUUCGACUUCAAGGUCCCCAGCGACGCUCCAUCCGGCGAGGCUAUCUUCGCCUGGUCGUGGUUCAAUCAGAUCGGUAAUCGUGAGAUGUACAUGAAUUGCGCUGCCGUCACUAUUGGUGGUGGCUCCGGCAAGCGAGCAGAUGCCAUGAGCAACCGUCCUGAGAUGUUCGUUGCUAACGUCGGAAAUGGCUGCACUACCGAGGAGUCGUCCGAUCUCGAAUUCCCCGAUCCUGGUCCCGAUGUGAGCAACGACUCCCAGAAGACUGCUGGCCCCAAGGGUACUUGUGGUAAGGCAGGAUCUGGUAGUGGCUCCGGCUCUGGCUCCGGCUCCGGUGAUGGUAACAACGGUGCUGUUCCUAGCACUCCCGCUGACGGCUCCGCUGGCGGCAACAACGGUGCUGCUCCAAGUGCUCCUGCUGCCCCUACUCAAACUCAGCCUGCUGCUCAACCUUCAGCCCCUGCCGCUCAGCCAUCAGCUCCAGCUGCCGGCGCCCCUUCAGCUCCUGGUGGUGUUUUCGUCACCGUCUCUCAGCCUGCUGAGGCUACUGGUGCCCCUGCUCCUUCAGCUCCCGCCGCAACCAGCACUCUCUUGACCAUGACCAAACCUGCUCCCGGAACUGGCGGUCAGCCUGUUCCUACCAGUGUUGGUAGCCCUGAGCCUGCUCCUACCACCCCCACUGCUCCUGGUACUGGUGCAGGUGAGGGUGGCUCUGGCUCCGGUUCUGAAGAGACUGCUGGUACUGCAUGCAGUGAUGAGGGCGCCUGGAACUGCAUUGGUGGAACCAAGUACCAGCGUUGCGCUUCCGGUCGCUGGUCUGUUGUUCAAUCUAUGGCCGCUGGCACAACCUGCUCUGGCAAUAAGAGCUCGGCUAUGGCCUUUGGUUUCGGUCGCCGACUCGCCAUUCGAGGUCGCCAGGUCUAAGGCUAUCUUGAACUAGAGCUGAGCUGCAAUUCGGAAUGUCAAGAGGAAGGAGAGCAAAAUAGACCAGCAUAUACCUUGCUUGACGUUCUGGAAGAGUGGAUGGAAGGGUUUGGGAGUUUUCAUCUUCAUGUACAAUAACUGGAAUAGGAAUCAGACUCAUGGAUCUUUCAAAACACUUAUUUCGACAUGGCUGUGAUUGUUAAUUGUAGAAUAUGGCUCAUUGCAUGAAAGACCUGAUAAGGAAAUAAUUAAAGCAUACAGCUUAAUGCACUCUUUGUCAAGUACUCGGAGUAGUCCUACUCAGACUUGUGGGACGGUGAUUCCGGAUAAUACUAUGUGGUGGGGAGAGCAAUGACGAUAAAACAAUAAGGUAUGCUUUACUACCCUAGCCUAACCUGGGUCGGCCAAUGUGUGUGUUGGGGUUUGUAUGGACUUCGUCGGAUAGGAAGAGGCCGCCUACGACACGUAAACACAAACGAUCAUUUGGUAGCAGAUCGUGGAGGUUGGAGACCACUUCUGGUGUGUUGUGUUGUUGCG